AUGCGAUCGCUCUCACUCCUUCCUCUUCUUUCCUUAGCGCUCGGCGUAGCGGAAGCGUCGCAGUGCAAAUGCUCACCUUCGGACCCAUGCUGGCCCUCCUUGUCCGAAUGGGCAUCCCUCAAUGAAACUCUUUCUGGGCGCCUCAUUCGCAGCGUGCCUCUGGCCUCCGUCUGCUACCCCUCGGAGCCUAGCUAUAACGCCCAGGCGUGCGCGAAAGUGCGAUCUAACUGGACCUCAUCGGCCUUUCACUCUUCAGACCCGUCCAGCAUCAUGUCUCCUAAUGCUUUAGGCGGUGGGUGCAGCCCAAUUUAUGCCAAUGGGACUAGUGUCACGGGCGACGCUUUUGCUAGAGAGAAUGGCUGUACGCUUGGUAAUAUUUCACCCUAUGUUGUUAAUGCGACCGAGGCGCGCCAUGUUCAGGAGACUCUGGAGUUUGCGCGCAAAAAGAAUCUCCGCUUAAACAUAAAGAACACUGGUCACAACGCCGUGCAGAGCUCCGCCCAUGGAAGUCUGUCGAUUUGGACACACAAUAUAAAGCAAUUUGAAUUUCACAAGUCCUUUCGCCCUCAGUCAUGCCCUCAGAACGCGACCCAUAUGGCCGCGACCCUCGGGGCCGGCGUUCAGGAUGGUGAGCUCUUCAAGUUGAUGGCGCAGCACAAUGCUAUUGCAGUGGGCGGAACAAACGAGGACGUUGGCGUUGUCGGAUGGGCCACAGGAGGGGGACAUGGCCUCGCAACUGGAACUUACGGUAUGGGUGCAGAUAGCAUCAUUGAGGCUGUUAUUGUGACAACCAGUGGUAAGGUCCUCACAGCCAACUCCUGUCAAAACGAAGAUAUAUUCUGGGCCAUUCGAGGUGGAGGUGGGGGCACCUUUGGUGUUAUCCUCAGCGUCACUGUAAAAGCUUACCCUAUGCCAUCCACAGCCGUGGUAGACCUUGAUAUCACGGCUCGUAAUGGUACAUCUCCUCAGACAUUCUGGUUACUUAUUGCAGAACUUCAUAAGGAGCUUUCACGUCUGCAAGAUGCUGGCAUGAAUAGUUACUACACUCUGUCGGGGCCGCCUCUAAUGUUCCAUGAUACCAUGCUGCUUUAUAAUAGCAACGGAACUGAAAGUGCGAAUAAUCUCCUCAGACCUCUCGAAGGCUUCCUUGAAAGAGCAAAUAAUUCGAUCGAAAGCACAAUCUCUACCUCCUGGGUACCGGCUUGGUACGACCUGAUCAAACAUAUGCCCGUCGUUGAACAUGUGGGCACCACACGCAGCGCCACUACCUCUCGUCUGUUGCCUCAGAAAGCCAUUGAAGAUACAGAGGCAUUUGCCAAAGUUCUGGAGACUAUCGGUCCGAAGCUUACCGCUCCAAAGAAUGGAGUCUCUAACCCUUCCAUUUCUGGGACUAUGACUGGUAGCAAGGUCCCUGUAGAUAAUGCACUGAAUCCAGCUUGGCGUGAUACUGUCGUUCAUCUUAUUAGCUCUCAGAGCUGGGACGACUCCUUACCUCAGUCUAUUGCCCACCAGACCAUCGCAGACGUAACUUAUAUCAAGGGAUAUGCGUUACGCCAACUAGCUCCUGGCACAGGAGCUUACUUCAAUGAGGCAAACCGCUACGAGCCGAACUGGCAAUGGUCUUUUUUUGGGCCCAAUUAUCCCCGUCUUUAUGCGAUCAAACAGAAGUAUGAUCCGGAUCACCUUCUCUGGUGCCAUCAAUGUGUGGGCAGCGAGGCAUGGGUCGAACAAACCAAUGGCUCCUUGUGCAGAGCUUUCUGA